GAAAUGAUGCAUAUGCUGAUUAUUAUUUGUAAACACCUCGAAAUUAUACUAAAACAAUAUUUAUAGUUGCCUCGGCCUCGGUGCCUGAUUGUAUCCACCUCGCCUUCUGCGAAUAAUUAAUAAUUGUUAAAUAGAAACACAGAAAAUCAAUAUUCUGUUAACUAUUGCUUGAAAUAGAGGCUAAAAAGAAUCAGUGAAAAAAUCAGUACAUGCAAUUUAGCACGUUUCGUAUAGACUAUAAUAUCUUCAGUGCAAACAUUUACUUGCCAUAAUCCGUCCCGUGAAUGGGAUAUGACGGCCGAUAGUAUAUAAUAAAAUUGGCGUUCGUUAAUUUUUAUUUUAUGCAUGUUGCUAUGGCAAUAUGUAAAAGCUUUCAUAUAUUUAUAACAGAGUGUACAUAAUGCACAUUUAUUAUUCAAUUGUUCCAGGGAGAUUUCUUCCUGAAAUUUCUUCCCGAAACACAAAAACAUGAGACAGCUGCUACGAAUAUACUUGUGCGCACUUGGGAAUUUCAAUUCAUUGUACACACUGAGUAAUGUCCGUCAUGUCAAUAGGAUAUGACGAUCGAUAGUGCAAUAAAUUUAACUUUCAUCAAUUUUUAUUACAAUCAUGCUGCUAUAGCGACCGUCUGAAGAGGCAAUAUGCAAAACCUUUUAUAUAUAUACAGCAUAUUAUACGUAUACAUUUGUCAUUCAAUAAGUUGCGGGGUUUCAGAGAGGUUUCUUCAUGAAAUUUCUUCAAACACAAACAUGGAAACAGCUUCUACGAAUAUACUUCUGUGCUCUGUAGUAUUUAAAUUCAUUGCAAUGCUCGUUGGACUAUUAGGAAACGCCACGGUUUUAAUUCAGAUCAUAUUUUUCAGCAAAGAGAAGUCAGCAACGUCUUACCUUGUAGCGAAUUUGGCGGUUGCAGAUUUCCUCGCGUGUGUGACAUUUUACCCAACAUGGAUCAUUGAAUUCUUACAGACAAUAAUGAACAAGGAGACUGAUCAGCAUUUGUUCUGUAUGUUCAGCCGUUCCAGCAUCUGGUCCUUUCUUUUUGCUUCCGUAGCCACACUCCUUGCGAUCACUCUGGAUCGCUACGUGUACAUUGUAAAACCACUCAAGUAUCAUAUGAUAGUGACCCGUGGACGAGUGUUCAAAGUUAUAUCGACCAUUUGGUUUCUCGUUUGCCUCAUCUUUGUGGCGCAAACCUUUUUGUGGAAAAUUAGCCCGGCAUUUAGAAGCGCGUGCACUCUACCUACAGACAUUAUUGGUAUCAUGGUAGAGCUCUCCUUUAGCUACAUUCCUCUAAUUUUUAUAUUCAUCUUACAUUUUCGUAUGCUAAAGGUCGCUCGGGAACAGCAAAAACGAAUUUUGGCUGAAAGUAAAAGAGGAAAAGUCAACGCGGAAAGAAGAGACGGUAGUCAUCGAAUUUUUCAUGCUUUCAAAAUGGCAAGGACAUUCUUGAUUGUCGUCGCUGUGUUGUCAUUCUGUGUGUUCACCCCGACGAUUAUUGCGUUUACGUUGCGUCUCGUGUGUGACAAGUCGUCUGUCAGAUUAUGGUUUGUGGUCUUCCACUACGAAUUUUAUGGCUUGAACUCGAUCGUGAAUGCUUUCAUUUACGGAAUGAGGCAUAGCAAAUACAGAAAAGUCUACGGACGUAUUCUUUUGAAAAUAUUUCUUUGUAAAAAUCCGACGUAUUGAGAAAGACUUUAGAUCGCGUCUUUUGUAAAUACCAUAAUAUUUAUAUUUAUAAACUAUGACUAUAUUAUACUUUAUUAAGUGGUCUUUUUGCGUUUCACAGCGGUCGAUCAGAACUGACUUAAGCCUGUUCCUAGAGUGUGUAUGCAUGCAGAUAUGGGACAUCCCUUGUUAUUGAUGAUUCAUUGUUCAUGGUGCUUUUUCAGCCGUUUUAUGUUUUGGGUGGGACCUCUUUGUAUUAUAUUACAGACACUAAACCAACGUACAUUGUUUGAAAAAUGCGACGACAACAGGUCUUUUGAGGAAGUCAAAAGUGCACCUGCUGUAUAUAUAAAUAGAAUUUGACAACAAAAUUAAUGAACUGCACGUACAUGCAUGUUUCAGGACUUGGACAAAAUUAUUAAAAGGAAUUGAGAGGAAAUUAAACCAUGGGCUCAAUGCGCUAAAUGAAGUUUAAAUCAUUGUGAUUUAUUGAGUUCCCUAAAGGUGAAUAGA